AUGCCCACCCCAAUAGAUCUCGGUCAACCGACCAAGCUCAACUGCGAAGUCGCAGUCUUCAGUGGCGCCUCCGGUCUCGAGGCUCAGGCCAUGGGCGCCAAACGCAUCGAGCUCAACGCUCCAGGCUCGUACGAUGAGGGAGGCCUCACGCCCCCGGUCAAGGAGCUGACCUCGAUUGCCUCGCAGCUUGAAAUUGCCGUCCGCAUCAUGAUUCGCCCUCGCGGCCCGCCUCGCGUUCCCGUCCUGCAAGGGGGACAAGAUCAAGACCAAGAGAAGAAGAAAGAAGGAGAGGAAGACCAGGACCACCUGCUCCAAGACUUCAUCUACACCGACGACGAGAUUGCUCUCAUGCUGCAAGCCAUCCACAACUUCAAAGCCACUAGGGUCCUCAACCCCAUCCGCGGCGACGGUUUCGUCUUCGGCAUCCUCAGGCGCCAGACCAAAGCCUCCACCCUCGCAAAGUACCCAGACCUCAAGUACACCGUCGACGAGGAGCGCUGCAAACUCCUCAUCGACGCCGCCCGCCCCUUCCCCUGCGUCUUCCACCGCGCCUUCGACCCCAUCGCCGCCAGCGAGCGCUGGGCAAAGGGCAUCGACAUCCUCGUCCGCUGCGGCUUCGACGGCGUCCUGACCUCGGGAGGCCUCGGUAACUGCCACGAGAACCUCGAGAAGCUCGACGCAAUCUGCCACCGCGCUGCCCCCGGCAGCCUACAGGUCAUCGCCGGUGGUGGUGUCCGUCGCGGCAACGUCCGCGACUCUGUUGCCCGGCUGUCUGUCCACGGCACUAAGAGUGUCUGGAUGCACACUGCCUCGCUGGCUAACAAGGUCGACAAGGACGGCCGCCGCGUGGAGGAGUUGAAUGGACGUGAACUGUCGCAAAUCAUUUCUGUGAUGAACGCCACAAGGCCCGACUAG